UACAAUAAGUAUGUUUAACCGAAUAGGUUAAAGGAAGUUCGUUAUAGGGUAGCUGUUAAUCAUAACAUUUAUAAAUACGUUUAAAAGCUGAAAUGGAUAAAUAUAUAUAGUCUGAUAUAUACAUAAUGAAAGCUCUCUUGUUCUUCCUUGUCUUGCUGUUCUCAUCCUUUUGGGUGCAAAGUCAGCCAACAGUCGAUGUUCAAUCCGAAGAUUGCAAUGGUGGAAGAAGUGCAUUGUCUGUCCAGAUAAAAACCAAUGUUUCCGCAACCUCGAGAAGACAUCCAGAAAACAUUCUAUGUAUACCAUGUCUUGCUCAAAACCUUGUCAACCUGACAGAUCUGAACAAUAUUCAAAAGCGACAAGUGGGAUUUCGUAGUAUCAACAGAAAGGAAAUGUUAUCUUUGUUUUCAUUUUCAGAGUCGCAAUGUUCUCUUCCUCCUAACUUCACGUUGUCAAACCAAAUUACAGUUUUGGAUUUGUCAGACCUUGGACUUAGCACCACCUCAUUCGGUUCAUGGAAAUAUUUUCACAAUCUGACUCAUAUCUACCUAAAAAAUAAUGUAAUAAAAAAUCUUCAGCUCCAUGACUUUAAAGAAUUGAAUAAUUUAGAAACACUCGACCUAAGUAAUAACCAAAUCAAACAGAUUGAUUUAAUAUCAAGUUUACAUCACUUUGAUACUCAUUUGAAACGUCUGGUACAUGUUGACCUUCGUGGAAAUCCAAUUUUCAAUUUCACUUGUGAAACUGGGUAUGCCGUGUGGUGCGAUGACCCACAUAUUAUAUCAUUCGAUUACCAAAGAGUGUGGAAUACUAGCAUGCCUUUAGAAUACUGCAGUUCUGUUUUUGGCUCUAACAUGAGUAUCAUCAUUAAUACAGAUAAUCAAACACAAUGUAACUGUGGAAAUCUACCAAAGUGUAUGUGCACUAAAAGUAAAUUAUCGGCUCAUGCGUAUCCUUCUGUCCAUCUCUCGCUUAAUUAUGAUUCUGACCGGCUCUCAGUCAAUAUUGAUCUUGACAAGGUCUCGAAAAAUCUUGAUUCAGACCAGUUCUUAGAGAAAUUGGAUUCGGACCAGCUUUCAGGUCAGCUCUUAGAAGAUUCGGAUUUCCUCCAUUUCUCAGUAUAUGUGGAUUCUAGAAUAAUAACUCUGAAAAUGUCACCUAAAACGCUAUUAGUUGCGUGUUUCUUGAUGUCUUGUGUAUUUCUCACAACCGGAGUUAUUUUGUUUAUUUAUUGCUGGAAAAGGAGAAGAAAACAGCAAUGUCAGUCUGUAUGCAUGAACUUCAUUUCCUGUUGUUCAAACAGAAACGAUUUUGAUAAUGUAAGAAAAGGUGUUUUUCUUGUGUCAUCUGAGAAAGAUAAUGAAGUUCUUCUAACGUUUGCAUCCGAACUUGAGAAGAGAAAUAUAGAAACAGUAUUUGAUGAAAGGGAUUUUGCUCAACAUGCAGGAAAGAACAAGAUGUCUUUGAUCUAUAACAGCAUAAACCAGACUUGCCGCACGAUUUUUCUGAUAAGCAAAAGCUUCCUUUGUGAUACAGAGUGCGUCUAUAUUCUUAAUCAAGCCAAAGGAAUGGAAAUGACACAGAACAGAUUUGUUAUCAUUAUUAUGAAGUUAAAAGAUCAUCUAAAUGAAGAAGUCUGUGCGCUACAUAAAAUGUUUGUAAACAAUAUUUACCUCGAUUACCCACCACCUCCAGAUAAAGCGGAUGCAUUCUGGGAUAAAUUGAUCCAAUACAUUAAUGACAUCGAUACACAUGUUCAUGUGGAAAAAGUCUAAUCUCAGUAAAGACGAUUUGUUAAAUCUAAAACAUUUUAAAACAAUAGGGGCCUAAUGUCCCUUAUCGCUCAUAUGAUAAUAAGACCAGAUCAGAAAAUCAAGUUGAUUAAGUCAGAUUUUUUUAUGAAAAAAGUGUCUGUGUAUUCUUUUUGAAUUCAGAAAUCUAGCUGCAAUACAUUACAAUACCAUAAAUGCUCUAUAUGUUUUGGCUGCUAUGUAAUUGUCUGAUAUAUUAUAUUGCUUGCAUUAUCAAUUAUAUAGUUUACAUAUACAACCAAAACAAUGGGCUUUCUUAACUAAACGGAAUUUUGAUCAGAUGUUCAUUUUCAUAACAUUUAUUUUCAAAAGAGUAUUAUUUUUGAUGAAACUGCAGUUAUCUUUGUACUCAAGCACUAUAGUGUACAAAUUUAUUUUUGAUAUUGUUACUUAGCUAUUCUUAUUAUAAGAAUCUUUCACUGGCUGAAGUAGGGAUGGAAAUAUCUGGCUCUUGGGCAACUGUUUAGCUAUGUUUGAAUAUAAAAUAUUUUGUGUACCUGCGAAGAAAGUUUGCCAGUCUAUCUGGUUGUAGGUUGCAGGCUGUUUAAGACUAUUCUAAACAAGUGUUAUAGAGCAUAAUUCUAAACAUGUCUAACUUUUCUAAUGUUUUAUACUUUCAAUGAAUUUAGUCCUCCAGGAAAGCGCUCAUUGAGUGUCUAAGAUGCUUUCUUUUUUCAGCUCGACUAUUCAAAGAAUAUGUAGAGCUAUUGCAUUGCCCAAUCGUCGGCGUCCGUGCCGAUUUGUAUUUAUGUAUUUGGGUUUUACGGCGCACCAACACAGUAUAGGUUAUAUGGCGCCAAACAGGACUACAAAUUUUGGUUCCACAUCUCAUUUACAUCGAAAUAAAAACAUGAGGUAUGGAAGUGCCGGUUUGUAGGUAAGCUGGUAUCUCAGUAACCACUUGUGGGAAUGGAUUGAAACUUCAUACACUUGUGUACUGUGAAGACCUGACUUGCAGUGCACAGUUUCCAUAACUCUAAACUACUUAUUUUACAAAAUUAUGCUCCUUUUUCGACUUAGCAAUUUUGGUCAAGUGGUAUCUCAGUACCUACUAAUGGGAAUGAACUGAAACUUUACACACUCUUACACUGUGAUGAUCUAACAUGCAUUGCACAGGUUCCAUAAUUCUAUUUUGCACGUUUACAAUUACAAAAUAAUACAGUUUUUCGACUCGGCAAUUUUUGUUAAGAUUUUGUAGGCUGGUAUUCAAAUGCCCACUAAUAAUAAUGUAUCGAAACUUCACUCACUUGCCCACUGUGAUCAGACAUGCAGCAAUUCUAUUUUGUUAAGUUGAAUGCCCCUUUAACUAGAUUUUACUAGACGUAGGAUGGUAGUGUUUUGAGUUGGUAUCCCAUCCUUGUGUUACGUGUAACGAUUGGCCAACGUUCUCCGUUUCUUAUCCUGUGAUAUAUGUUGUUUUAAUAUGUACAGUGUUGAAACUAGUCUCUUAUAAUUCUGUUAAUAGAAAAGCUUUGUGCACAUAAAAUAUUUCAUAUAAUGUAAUGUAUGUAGAUCAGACUUAAAUAAACAAUAUUUAUAUUAA